AUGUCGGCAAAUCUAGAAGUUGUUGAAUUCGUAGCAGGAUCGUUAGUCAAUUUCGUUGAGAAAAACAAAAUAUUCCGCCGAAAGCCUGCCAGUUCUGGAUGUUCAGUUGUUGCCGCUAGCUGUCAGCCCAACUGUUUCGAUCACUUGCAGGCAGCGGCUGUCAUCUCAUCUGAAAAGCAAUUUGUCUCACGCAGGGCUGAGCAGACGAUCCGCCCAUCAUCCAGGGGCUGA